AUGCAUAUAACUGGAAUAAAAGGUAACUCUAUUACGCCAUUGAGGCAACCCUUUGAAACUUUUGUUACUGGAAAUGACGAAACAUACAAGAGUGUUGAAAGAUGGAGGUCAAAAUAUUACUCAUCCAAUGAUGACUAUUUGUCUCCAUCAUUUUUGGAUGACACAUGCUCAUUAUCUUCUUCACCAAUAUUUCAUGAUGAGACUCCAAACACUGUCAUAAGUACUCCAGUUACUUCUCCAUGUAAUAGAAACAAAAAUUCAAGAAAGGUUCGAGUUUCAAUUGAUUCCGUACACACUAAUCCUAAUGAGAAUACGCCAACAAACAAUUUAGAUUAUAAGAGGUCUGCCUCCGUCAGUACCUCAAUACUCACUCCUUUAUCGGCGAAAAUUGCUGUUCAUGACAAAGAAGGGUUUUUGAUACCCGAUCUACCGGGAACGUCAAGGAGGAGGAGUUAUAGAAGUCAUAAAAGAAAUGAUGUAUCAGAAAGCUAUAGUAACUACCUAUCAUCAGACCCUGUACACAUUACAAUGCCUCCUAGGCUAGGGCUACCUUCACAAACUCCACUAAAUAUGAGAGAUCAGUAUAGGAAGUCCCCUCUGCCAGUUGUAUCUGCAAAUCUGGACUAUAGAACUGUUUAUAUGGGUGAUAAACUAGCAACAAGGGCAAGAGAUUUGAGGAGAAAUUAUGUUGCAUCCCCUCUUGAGGCUUCUUCGCUUUAUCAAAAUAAUUAUGAAUAUGCUCAUUCUUAUUCAGAAGAUCCAACGAUUUAUGAAGAAGAUUUAAUCUUACACCAUGGUGAGAUACUCAGAAAUAGAUAUUCAAAGCUGCACAGAGCUCGAUCCAGUGCAAGCCAUGUGGGAAAUGAUCUUAGGAGUAGAUCAUUGUCAUCUUAUUACUCUGAGAGCACAUCUAGAAAAACUUUCUCUCCAGAAUAUAGAAGUAACUCUGUAAUAAAUAAUCAUCGUCAUUCAGUUUUUGGGAGUUUGAGGUCAAAUAACAAAAGACGUAGAUUAGGAAGUUAUAUUGCUAAUCAAAAUGAUAUUUUACAACAACAUAUUCAACUGAUUGACAAGUCUUUAGAAAGAUAUUCAAAUAAUGAUUUUGUUCAUGUUGAAAAUGGAGUGCUUGAUUCUCCAGAUAGUAAUAAAAAUUGCGCACACGAGUCAAGCAGUCUGGCCGAAAGUAGAUUUAGUCUUUCAAGCGAACUAAACUUAAAUAUUGAAGAAAGAUUGAUUAAAGCAGCUUCAAGAACAAGCAAUGAGCCAAAACCAGGUAUUAUAAAUUCUCAAAUAUUAAGCGAUUCAGAGUCGAUAAAUAGCCCGGGGAAAAAUAUGAGAAAAUCAAAUUUGCAAGAUAAUUCACAACCCACAGACAAAGAUAUUCCAUUUGAUUUGGCAUUUGAGACUUCUCAAGCAAACGAGUAUGAAGAACCAGGAGUUCAGGAUUCGUCUAUUCUAGCAAUUCCAAAUGCGUCAAAAGGUCUUUCACCUGCUGGAUCUAAUUCUAGUUUAGAUGAAGUUGUGCCACAUCCUAUACCCAACUCAUCCGAAACACUCAGCCAGGAUGUUAAUGACCUAUCCUCUGCAAUUGACUCAUUUACUAACGAUAAUAAUUUUGCUGAGAAUAAGCUUGAUAAGAGUAACAAUGUAAAAACUAAAAAGAUCAGAGCAAAUAAUCACAAGAAACAUACUAGAGGUAAGACAGUAAAUCGAAGGCGUCACAUUGAUUAUCAUAUACCAAUUGAUCAAGUCAAACCGCCUUCUGGUUCAAAUACGAAGCAACUCUUAGAUGAGCCUUCAAACUUCGAGAACUCGUCUAGAAGAUAUCCAAAGAGACUAAGAACAGCUCCCCUUAAAUGGUACCUGGGUGAAAGGUUGGAAUAUCAGCGCGAUGAAAGGAAUGAACUUGGCUACACAAUUGCCGCGAUACAUAAAGUUGCAAACCCAAAGAUGCUUCCCAAUGAACGCGGAAGUAUUCAUCCCAACGUCGAAACCGUUGCCAAUAAAUUCCCUCGUGAAUCCAAUACAGAUCAACACGAAAUUUGUGAAACAAACAGCGCAGGUGCUUGCCCCACUAAAUCAAGGCGUAAAAGCGAAAAUUUGAACAUUUCGAAGAAGAUUAAAUCUAAAGAGAAGUUUUCCCCAGAGGAAAAUAAAGAUAAAUCUAAUGCUGUUGUACUCAAAGAUUGCGAUACAAACGAGGAAUUCUCUAUGAUAUCUGUUUUUGACAGAAGUAAACUAUGUUGGGCAGAUGUAGAGUAUACUGCAGGUAAACCAUACAACGUUGCUCUUUCUUUUAUAUCUAGUCAAGCAACUUGUUGCGAAAUAUGCCUUCCUCCUCUAACUGAGAAGGGGCUUGACGAAAGCCAAGAUAAUUACAUACUUGGACAUGUUUAUAUGGCUCCUGAUAGUAAAUCACUACAGAUCAUGAUAAGUGACAAUAAUGUUUACAAUAUUGGUAUUGGUGACUGGUUCUUAAUACCUGACAACACUAACUACAAUUUCAGCAACGUUUCUGAUCAAUCAGAAAUUUAUAUAUCUUUGUACGUUAUUAAGGAUAGUUAA